AUGCCAAAUCAGCACAAGCAAGUUCCAUCUGCCGAGUAUCUCCAUGAGUACAUCGACAAGUACUGGAACAUGGGCAAGAACGACCUGGAGAUUCUCGAACUCCUCAAGAAGCAUCACAUUGAUCUUAACAAAUAUGGCCUUGAAAUUGCAACAUUCCGCAAAAUUCGCGAUGGGCUUGGGUAUCGUCGCACUCGGAAGCAAGGCCAUACUGUUGAUUCAAUCCAUGCUGCCGUUGUCAAACUUCGUGCCAUGUAUCCAAAGGCAGGUGGGCGUGAAAUGGUCAACUUGCUGAAGUUUGAAGAAAAGAUUCAUGUAUCAAGGCCAGUGCUCAUGGAGUACUUUCAUAUCCAUGAGCCGAUGCAAGUUCGAGAACGUCGACGGGGCCAUUUCCGACGCAAGCGGUUCUGGGCUGCGGGUUCAAAUGAUCUCUGGGCUAUGGACCAGCACGAUAAAUGGAAGUACAAAUUCGGCCUCGCGCUUCACACCGGAAUCGACCCUUUCAUUGGCGUGAUCCACUGGAUGAAGGUUUGGUGGAACAAUAGUAAUCCCCGACUCAUUCUAAAGUACUAUCUCAAUGUUAUUGAGGCGCUUGGUUUUAUGCCCCUGGUCAUGCAGAGUGACCCGGGUAAUGAGAACACUGCUGUCGCUAAUGGUCACACUCUCAUUCGGCAAUAUCAAGAUCCUGAUCUGCGCGGCCAGCUACAGCAUCGCUGGAUGCGAGAGAAGAAGAAUAUCACUCCAGAGAUUGCCUGGAGCCAACUGCGUCGACGGUUUACACCAGGAUUUGAGAACCUUCUUGAUAUCGGUCUUCUGGAGGGGUGGUAUGAUCCCAAGAUCCUCCUCGAGGCGCUGGUAUUUCGAUGGGUUUUCAUUCCCUGGCUUCAGGCCGAACUCGAUGCUUACAGGAAUCGUGUCAACAACACCCGGAAGCGCCGCGAUCGAAACAAAGUUCUCCCAAACGGUGUCCCCAUGCACAUGUUUGAGUAUCCUGAGGACUAUGCGAUUUUAGACUUCAAAAUCAAAGUUGAUCCUGCAGCCAUUGAGAUGGUGCGCGAGUUGUACGCUCCCCCUGAACUGCAAAUCUUCGAAUUGGUGCCACCUGACUUCCACCACAUCAUCUCCGACUUCUACGUGAAAAUUGGCUCCCCUGUGAUUGAUCGAGGUAGUUGUUGGGACGUCUACCUCCAGCUUCUGUCGAAGUUUCGACAGCUUGACCAGGCUCAUGGGGUAGAAGCCAGCGCUGACGAAAAAUGGGGCUACACAUUGACUCAAGCAGCGGACAACUACGAGGGAGAGGUAGAACUGCUUGCUGGUCUUCAAGAACUGCGUGGUGGAGAAGGUGUAAUUGGACAAGAUGGUUCAUAUUACAUGGGUGGUGUGAACGGCGGUGACGGCUUAGACGAUAUUCACUACAAUAGGCUCAAUUCUAUGAUCGAUAAUAUUGAGCCGGAUGUGGGUGGGCCUGCAGGUGACGAUGAAGAGUUAUUUGCCUGGUUCUCAGACGAGGAAAGCCCGGAAGAUUUCGAGAACGCGGAUCAAUGGUAG